GCUCAAACCGCGGAUAGUCGACCUAAUCUGAGGUCAAUUUGUUAGCUUAACUUUAAAACUCCGCGCGGCCGGCUCUCGCGUACAUCAUUAUUACUAUUGUUGUUGUUGUUGUUGUUAUUAUUAUUUUUGCGAUACACGUGCACCGGUGUGUACACGACGCGUAGUUUAAUUGCAAUUACGGUGCACGCACGCACCCACGCACGCACGGUGCCAUACGUGUAUCAGUGGAGUGCGCGCGCCUAGUGCAACGGCGGCGGUACACGGUGCAAAUACGGGUUCGAGUACGUGAUCCGUUCUUAAGAGACGUGAAAAUCGAUCGUUGCCGUGCGAACAUCCGAUCGAAAUAUACCCGAGUCGUUCGAUUUUCGUCCCUCCGGCACUCGCGUGGAAAUCGUACACGGGUAAGUCGUCGAUCGCGCACCGAUUAUUAUUGUGAUCCCGUCGCGCGUUACACGCGGUCGUCGUUUUCGCAGUGCGGUCGAAAAAAAAGCAAACAAAACGAUACCGCGUCACAAGCAGUCCGGCGUGUGCGUGCGCCGCCGCGUUCCGUCUCCGAACGAGUAGUGUUAUUAAUUCUGUGCAGUAGCAGGCCGCGCGUAUCGCCGCCGUAGGUUCAAAUGAUCCACAGAAAUCCCACAUAAGCCCGGCCGCGAUUUCUUAAGGAUUUUUUUUUUUUUCGUCGCGUGUAAACGACCGUGCGACACGCGCACGUUUAUAUGAUUUAUGAUUACAAUAUAUUACCGUGCAGUAUCCGGACUCGCCGCCGUGAACUUACCUCGCCGUGCGUCUCGCGAGAAGUACUAUACACGUCCGGGUAAUUAUAUCGUUUUUGGCGCACUUUAACGUACAUAAUGUUGUGAUAAAUAAUGGUAAACGAGUGAUAAACCUGCGACGUUGUUUGGAGCCCGACUCGGCUCGGCACCACCGAAGGCGAGAAUCGUUCGCUCGUGUCCGUCGACACGAACAGGCACAGGGUACCUGUGUGUAUUCUUGCGCACGAGGAUAUCGACUAAUUAUUUAUUCUGAUUUUUGAAUUCGGUUAUGAUUGUUGGUUUUUGAAAAAAAAAACGCCAAAAUGAUGGAACGCCUGGAAAACCUGACCGACCCGAGUUUGUGUCUGCAAGACUUGGUGUCGUCGACGGGUUCUGAUCACCAUAACGUUGCGUUACAACACGCUUCACCAGCAUCGUUUCACCAUCCCGUGCACGACGGUAGCGCCGGUCUUCAUCAAGGCAUGCUAGGGCACCACCACGUUCAUCAUCAUGACAGUCAUCAUCAUCAUCAUCACACAGCGGUACCGUGUCCGCCGUCGUUGUUGCACCACGAACCAUUGGAAAAAUUAAAGAGAGUGUGGGCAGAGACAGGAGACUUCCGUGAUAAUAAUCACCAUGGCAUUUCUACGGAUCACACGUCACAGCUUAACUUCGGUUCGUCUAGGAAUAGAAAUCGUGACAGAAAAGGACGAGCGGACACUAUCGGUACGACUGGCAUAAAAACCGAAGGCAUUGAUACGGGUGUUGGUGUUGUGACAGAUGACGGUAAAGAUGCUAAUAUCAAAAACAACAAAAACACGAAAAGACAAAGGAGGCAAAGGACACAUUUCACUUCACAACAGCUCCAGGAACUAGAGGCCACGUUCACUAGAAACCGGUAUCCGGACAUGAGCACUAGAGAAGAGAUAGCCAUGUGGACGAAUCUCACCGAGGCCAGAGUCAGGGUAUGGUUCAAAAACCGGAGGGCCAAAUGGCGGAAACGCGAGAGAAACGCAAUGAACGCCGCUGCGGCGGCAGCCGUGGAUUUCAAAAACGGAUUCGGAACCCAAUUCAACGGUCUCAUGCAACCGUUUACGGAUACCGAUUCGCUGUACAGUACAGCUUACACGUCGUACAAUAAUUGGGCGACUAAGGUCCCGAGCCCGCUGGGAUCGAAAACGUUCCCAUGGUCGGUGAACCCGCUGGGAUCGGUGAACCACCAUCAUCACCAGGCGCCGGUGAACUGUUUCAACGCGGCCACCUCAGCGGCCGGGUCGAUGUUACCGACGCCCGCGCCGCAGAACGGGCCGCCGUACUGCCCGCCGACCACGCCGUACUCGGUGUACCAUCACCGGCCCGCCGAGCCGUGCAACGUCAUGUCCAGCAGCAUUGCCAGCCUCCGGCUCAAGGCCAAACAGCACGCCUCCGGGUUCGGCGGCUACCAGCCGGCUGGUUCGCCGUGCUCGUUGCAGGCGCAGGCCAACGGCGGCAAUCGGUCUUCUUCGUCGUCGUCGUGCCAGCAACAGUACGGCGGCGGCGGUGGUGGCGGUGGCGGCGGCGGU